AUGUCAGAUAUUUGUGGCAGGAGCCCAUUGGUUCUAUCUCGGCUGCCUCCCGAGAUUGCAGCCGGCGAAACCUGCAACCACAGUGACCAGCUGGAAGAAGGGCGUGCGGCCGGUUCAAAGCUGGUGUGGUUCUUUCGACAUGGACAGAGCACUGGGAAUGCCGCUCGACUCAGGGCCAUGGACGCUGACAAGGCAGCGGGAGGAGGCAGCGCACACCUCCAAGCCUACAUGACGGGCACUGACUAUGUUGAUGCCCAAUUGACGGCACAUGGUGCUGAGCAAGCUGAAGCAACUCGAACGCAGAUCGUUAACUGGAAAUGCAAGCCAAGCCUCGUGGUGUGCUCGCCGAUGACCCGUGCCAUUCAGACGGCCGCCAUUCUCUUUUCGGAGGAGCUGAUGCAGGGCUGUGAGCUGAUCAUUUGCCCCGAAUUGCGGGAGUUCUACCCGGACAACAACGAGAAUCAGGGCCGGACUGUCACCGCUUUGCAGCGGUGUCCAGCACUUGCGGCCCUUGCUGCGUGGCCAGCAGUGGAGAAGGCACUCGCCAAAGCCGCGGGUGAAGACUGGAGGACGGACUGGGAUGAGAGCUUGGCAGGUGGAGAAGGUUGGCAGCAUCACUGCGGGAGUCUGCAGAGGCUUGCACCUUUCCGCCGCUGGCUGCUUGCGCGGCCUGAAAGCAACAUAGCCAUAGUGGCGCACUAUGGUUCUAUCAACAACCUGAUCAACAUGGAGCCUUUUCAGCGCGACAAGAGGGAAGAGCGGUUGCGAUCUUGGAGCGGGGUUCAUCCAGGUACUCAGCGCACUUCCAUGAAAUAUUUUCCUGUGCCGAACUGUGGGUGGAUCGCAGUCUUGUAUGAAGCGCAAGCUGAGCCAGACUGCAAAGCAGAUGGCCAGGAGUAG